ACAUUUAGCGUGUUAAGCAGCAGUCUGGGUGGCAACAUCAGUGUCAACAAUGGCUGACAGCUGAUUCAUUCACGUCGUCCUCCACCUCCUUCAUUUAUCAGGUUUAAAGUGGUAAUUGACAAUGUCGGAGAAGUCGCUGAGGAACGGACACCGAGUUGAAGUCGUUGGUAAAGCUGCCCUGGGCACAGUUGCCUUCGUGGGUAGUACCCACUUCUCUCAGGGCAAGUGGAUCGGCGUCAUCCUGGAUGAGAAGAAAGGCAAGAACAAUGGGUCGGUGCAAGGCAAGUCUUACUUCCAGUGCGAAGACGGCUACGGCAUCUUCGUGCGCCAGAGUCAGUUGAUCUUACUGGAGGCGGAAGACGAUGCUAUGGCAGCGGACGAGGAUGGAUCGUCGGCCACGACGACCACCUCAUCCGCUGCGACCACCCCGGCCAAUGACAAGCCCAAGUCCAGGUUACCUAUGUAUGGCAAAUUGUCGCAGGCGAGGACGUACGGUUCAGCGUCAUAUAGCACCCCAGCCUACUCCGACCUCCCCAGGACUCCCUCCCUCUCCAGUGUCUCCUCCUCCCCACUCUCCUCUCUCUCCAAGACUCCCUCUCAAACCUCUCUCAAGUCCUCCAAGUCCGACAUUAGUAAGCUUGGCAAGUCGAAGUCAGACUUGACCAAGUCGGAGUCACUAGGUAGCGUGUUUAAAGCCUCGCCCAAGAUUGACCUCUCGAAAGUGUUGUCCAAGAUAGACUGCGGCGACAAGUCCCUGUUAAAGAGGCCGUCCUCGGCCGCCUCCUUCGACCCAACAGAUGAUGCCAGUCCCCGGAGCCCCUCGGUCAAGAGCAACCCAUUCCGUAAGCCUAUAGCACCCACCCCCCUGAAGUCCACCAACUCCCGUAGGAGUGAUUCGCAGGCCAAGUUGCCUAUAGGGAGCGCUGGUAAGGGCGGCGGUGGGUCGUCGCAGUACAGUCGCGAUGACCGCACCCCAAGUAAGGAGUCGUCCCCUCGUAAUGACUCUAAGAAACCAUCAGCCUUUGUUGAAUGUUCGGCAAUGAGGAGGGUGGUAUUGUUGCAGGGCCGGCCAGGCGCUCGUUCUGGCCGUGGGUCGAGCGGAGUUGGCACAAAGGGCGGGCCAGUGGACCGCCCGGGGUCACAGCUCGUCCCCUGCACCCCCGCCUCGGCUACCGGGCCGGGGGACGGCAGUGACGCGCCGUUCAGGGGGCCACCGGUCCAAGGCUGUGACUUUGCCUGUCAGACCGAACAAGACUCCUCUACUAAAUCUGUACUAGAGGCUAUGACUGUGACGGCUGCAGAAGGGUCUACCCCAGAAGAGGACUCCUCUACUACAUCUGUACUAGGGGCUAUGACUGUGAUGGCUGCAGAAGGGUCUACCCCAGAAGAGGACUCUUCUACUACAUCUGUACUAGGGGCUAUGGCUUUGGUGGCUGUGGAGGAGUCUUUAUCCGAAUCCAGAUUUUCACAAUGGCUGGGGGCUGGGUCUGGGUCACACAUGCUUGUCACAGAUGCUUCAGGUCACAGGUGUCUCAGGUCACAGGUGUGCUUCAGGUCACAGGUGCUUCAGCCACAGGUGUGCUUCAGGUCACAGGUGUGCUUCAGGUUACAGGUGCUUCAGUCAUGGAGGCUUCAGCACCACCACCACCACUACCACCACUACUACCACUACCUCCACCUCCAGAACCAGCUACAGCGUGAGGUACAGAAAGCCAAGAUCGAGGCGAGGGAGGCCAUUGAUGCCAGGGACCGCCACAUGGAGGACACCCAGGAGCUGACAGAGACCAUGGAGAUGCUCACCCUUGACAAGGAGAUGGCCGAGGAGAAGGCCGAGACCCUGCAGCUCGAGCUCGAUCAGGCCAGGGAGAGGGUCGAGGAACUCACACUGGACUUAGAGAUCUUACAAGCAGAGAUGAGUGGUGGUGGCGGCGGCGGUGCUGCCAGUGAUGGUGGUGUGUCGUCGUUACAAGUGAAACAACUAGAACAACAGAACAUCCGUCUUCGUGACACACUGGUCAAGUUAACAUCAACUGUCAUCAACCUACAGGUUGAUGCAGCCCUGGGAGCAGAAGAGAUGGUGGAAACAUUGACAGACCGCAACCUGAACCUGGAGGAGAAAGUUGCAGAGUUGCUUGAGACCGUCAGCGACCUGGAGGCCAUCAACGACAUGAACGACCAGCUCCAGGAGAAUGCCCGGGAGCUAGAGCUUGAGCUUAGGGAAGAGCUCGAUAUGGCUAACAGCAAGAUCAGAGAGAUUCUUCGAGAACGAGAGGCGGCCAAUGAAGUGAUUGUUGACCAGGAUGCCACUAUUAAGAAGUUCCGAGAACUGGUGCAGAAGCAACAAGAACAGAACCUGGACCUGCGUCACUCGCUAGAGAAGGAAACGAACAAACCUAUUGGCACUCCCUCGGAGAUUAUUGACUUUAAGAGAAUGCAUAUACAGACGAAGGCUCACAGCAAGGCUAUAAAAAGGGAACUGGGGAAAAUUUGGGAGUGGCUCAAGCCAACCAAAAUGUUCUACCUGACUCAGUACAUCGAUAACUUCAUGUCUGGGGGAGGUGACCACGAUGCAGUGUUGGUGUUGCUGCUGGUUGCAAGGUUGAUCUGGAAGGCGGACAUAGUGGUGGGUGGUGUAAGAGACAAGUAUCCAGCGCCAGCAGUCAUAGAUCGCAAUGCAAUACUCAAGUCCCACUCCGUUGAGCAGUACGCGUUCUCUUCUAGACUACUACAACUCCUCUACACCUUGCAGACAAUGUUGCAUCAGUUUCAACAUGUGUUGAACACUUGCAAUGUUGAUGUGUUGUUGAAGCUUGGAACACUAUACCCGGAGCUGGCAUCACACGAACGCAACAUUGAUUUCUGUGUUGAUCUGCUCAGGAAGGACCAGCUGGACGAGAACUCUCCAGUGGAUGGACUUGAGAAGACAGUGACGUACUUCACUUCCCUGUACCCAGCUCCUGCAUCACAGAAGUUGAACCAUACCCUCUACCUCAGUGAUGUAGCCCUACUGUCCUCUGCUACUGAUGCUACUUCCACCUACAGUGACACUGUGACUGUCUUAAUGCAUCCACAACACGAGUCGUGCGAUGUCGCUAUGCUCUGCCGGGAUGUGAGUGAUGCCUGCAAGGAGAUGAAGGGUGCCGUGCGACGCGUGCGACGCCGCAUGCCGCAGGACGGCUCUGUGGGACCACUCAACUUACCCCAGGAAGUGCAAGAAGCUUUGACAGCGGCACUCUGCAACAUGAACAAUGCUGCAAGAGCCCUCAGACAUGUUAUGAAGGCUUUGCAACAAACUGCCCUACUGUCAGACUGUGACAAUGGUGUGAGCGGUGACAAGGCGAAGGAGCUGGUACACCAAGCCACUGACCUGAUCUACGGCGGUGAGGACCUGGGUCCUGAGUCUAUCAGACUCUCGGUACGGACUCAGGCUGAGAUAUGCCGCAUCGCUGCCGUCCUGGAGAAGGGAGAUCGAUUUGAUGGUUACUCUGGGGAGAGGAGUAUUGCACCAGUGAGCCUGCGAGCGCAGGCCAUCAAGAAUGAGAUGAAGGACACGGAAAUGAUCAAGUACAAGAUAGUGAACAAGGAACAAGACAUCAAGGACCUCAAGCUGACCCUUAAGCAGAAGAACGAGGAACUGAGCGAAAUGACAGUCAGGAGGGACCUGGCCGAGAAGAAACUCUCGACUGCCACCCGGGAUGCUGAUAUUACCAUAGAGAAACUCCAGCGCAAGCUAGAUGACACCUUGAUGAUGUUACGACGCAAGGAGAAGGAAUACGACGAGACAAUGGACCACCUACAGAGCGACAUAGAGAGUCUGGAGUCUGAGAAGGGUGAACUAAGAGAGAAACUGAAGGCACUUAACAAGAAGACUUUGUAUGAGGCACUCUCUAAGACCUCCUCCUUGACAGGCGGUGUGUCACCUUCAUCUCCCACGACGCCAUCGGGUGGUGGUGGGUCGACGCCGGCAGCUGGUGGUGGAGGCGGCGGCAUGGUGAGAGAUUCACCACUGCUGCUGCACCAAAUCGCCAACUUGAAGGCAGCGCUCAACCACACCCUCGCUGCCAAGCACUACGACACUGGCAGGGAACUGCAACGCCAGAUGUCUGCUCUUAAACCCCUGACGGUUCACAAGCUGGGCAUACUUGGCAAAGAGAACCGAAGUUUGGCGGAGGAAGAUUCAGCAACAAUGUCACUGGUUGACCGUCUGCGGCGGCGGGCAGCCAAGCUGCAGAAGGAAGCGAACGAAUUGAUGGUUGGGGUGGAGGUGGUUGAUUUAAGCAAGCGGAAGGCAGGCACUCCGCUGCCCACCGGCUCCGACUCUCCAAUGUUUCACAUCGUCAAUCAUCGCAACAAACUCGACUCUCUCAACAAGGAAAUCGCUAAACUACAGGAUGAGAUGACGCGACUACUGGCCGCCCGGCGCCCAGCUGGCAGUGUCUCCACCGCCUUCACUACCUUCCCUUCACCUCAGUUCACAAAGGCGAUGACGGAACAAAAGUUGGUACAGUUUGGGCGGAUCUCGGUCCCGGCAUCGCUGGCUGGACCGACAGAUGCCGGCAAUACCAUAACUCUGGCGCUACAACCGGAGCAAAUCAAAAACCUCCACAACCUCCUGCUGAAGUAGGCGGUGGUGGACUCAUGAUCGGAAGCUCUGCAACGCCUGGUUGAGUGGCGGACUUGUCUGACACAAGUUCCAAGUUCCUAUGCGACCUGGUGACGGGUCGUUGUACUUGUCUAAUAGAAAGUUCCAAGACCCUAUAUGACAUACAGUAGGAGUGAUUAACUUGUCUAACACAAGCUCAACAUCCCUACACGACAUGUAAUAGUGUUGUACUUGUCCAACAUAAGUUCUAGGAUCCUACACCUGCUGAAAUAAUGGAGUCGAACUUGCCUGAACCAAGUUCACUCAUUUCAGAACUUGUUGCUUCCAUCAGUCCUCGGUACACUCGCUACAAGUGUACUUGUAAUAGAUAUUUAUUAUAAGUGUAAAUACAAUCGUAACUUAUUUUGCUUACUUGAAAAGGAGGGAAUUAAUAGCACUGUGCUUACCAUUGUAUAGUGAUGGGAAAUUCAUUUUCUAAAAGUUUGCUUAAUUUUUAAAAUAAAUGAGCAAUGUAAUAGUGAAUAUUUUAUGGUGGUUUUAAGUUAUUGAUGAUAGUAAUAUUAAGUAAGCUGAUAAGCUGACUGGUGCUUUAAUCAGACCUUAGUGAUGAUGAAUCAUGUGUUGGUCGUCAACAGUGAAUCAUGUUACCUUGGUCAUCAGAGAUGAAUCAUGUUACCUUGGCCGUCAAUGAUGAAUCUCGUUGCUUGGGUUACAAGUGGGGUUAUUUUUAAGGAUUGUUUAAGAGCUUGUAUACCAAAUAAUUACCACUGUAAUAUUUAUAAUUAUUAUUGUAUCAGCUUUGCAACACACGAUAGCAAAACAUCAGAGAUGAUGGAUCAUCCGCCACCGGAUGAUCGCAUUAUGCUCCCUUUGCACAUUCCUCUUAAUUAUGUCUCAUUUUUAGUCAUAAUGGAAAACCGAUGAUAAAUCAACAGAAAGGUGAACAGGAGGUUUGAACCAUGGUCCUAAGCUUAGCGGGUUCAGGAUCAUAAUUCGAACCUCCCAUCCACCCUUCUCUUAAUUAGUUAAGUCUUGAGUUCCUGGAUACAAGGACACACUGGAUGGUGUUGAGCUGCAUAAAUAGCUGCUUGACGGAGAAUUAAUGAUCUGGAGUGUGAUUGAUGCAUCUAAGUUAUAUGUUAACGUUUGGUUUUAUUUUAUUGUUUUUUUAAACUGCUUCUACUGUUAACUUAUGUAGGUACUUGUGUUGUAUGUGUUCAUUUAUACCAGCAUUGUAGUGAAUCAUACCAGCCUUGUAGUGGCUCAUACCAGCCUUGUACUGAAUUAUACAGCCUGGUACCGGAGUUGUCUUGAACAUGUUCAGUCAUUGAAGUAAAUGGUAUAAAAUACCGACAAUGAAAAAAUGAACACAUAAGCAGUAUGUGAUCCUUUAUUGACAACAUUACACCCACACAGUGGACUUUAUCAAGUCACAAACAGAUCUGUUUGUGACUUGAUUAACCCACUGUGUGGGCAUAACGUUGUCAAUAAAGAAUCACAUUGUACUGCUUAUGUGUUUGUUUUUCCAUGUUCAAUCAUACCAGCCUGGUACUGGAGUUGAACAUGCUUUAUUGGGUCAUACCAGCCUGGUACUGAACAUGUUUCACUGGGUCAUACCAGGUUCUCUGCUGGUCUCUCUAACAGACAUAAUUGACUGCUAAAAUAAAUUCCUUAAAAUAUU